AACUAGCCGAAGCUCACAGCAUCAAUGUCCCCCAUCCGUUCAUGUAUCUAGUUAGCAACAGCGUAAGUAUGGAAGCACUCCGGUGACCCGCUAGCCUCGUCGAUUUCCGCCAUGGCCUCAACCUCGCAACCCCCCACAACGUAUGAAGGGAGCGGAGAAGGUGAGCGCGGUCAUCAUGGCGACGAGGAGGAGCAGCAGCAGGCAGCUUGGGCGGAGGAGGCAGCCGGCGUUCAACCGCUGGUGAUGCCGGAGGACGGGUACCAGUGGAAGAAGUACGGCCAGAAGUUCAUCAAGAACAUCCAGAAAAUCAGGAGCUACUUCCGGUGCCGCGACAAGCGGUGCGGCGCCAAGAAGAAGGUGGAGUGGCAGCCGGGCGACCCCAGCCUUCGCAUCGUCUACGACGGCGCGCACCAGCACGGCUCCCCAGCCUCAAACGGCGGUGGUCAGGACGGCGACGGCGCCGCCAACCGGUACGAUCUCAGCACCCAGUACUUCGGCGGGGCCGGCGCCCCCACGCCGCAGACGCGGUGACCAGACCACGCGACGCGACGGCCGACUGACGACAGGUGCCGCCGGCCGGUGGCGCCAUCAGGUGGACGCAUGCAUGGUAGCUGUUGAACGGCCGGCGGUGGCGGUGCCGGUUCGCCGCCGGCGCAGCGCUGUCGACGGUUUAGGUGGCAGAUUAUCUGUGGUCAACGUGAUUACAACGUGCACUAGCUGGCUAGUUCAGCGGUCGCACUGCUACGACUAGUAGUACCUGUAGCUCCGUUUGUUCCCUGUAUGUAUGUAUGUACGAUUAGUUCAACUCCGGUACCUGAGGCCGCGAGUGCAUCAGCAUUAAUUAGCAGUAACACCUGAGGCUGUCACGCUAAAUGCCUAAAUGUACAAGUGGAUCGGAUCGCUGAGUUGACUCUUCAAAGCCUU